GGCGGGGCCGGGGUGGUGCCGGGCUGCGGCGGGCCGGGCAAGAUGGCUGCCGUGGAGGCCGAGAUCGGGCCGUUCACCCUGGAGUCGCUGCCCACCGACCCCCUUCUGCUCAUCUUAUCCUUCGUGGACUACAGGGACCUAAUCAAUUGUUGCCAUGUCAGUCGACGACUCAACCAGCUCUCAACUCAUGACCCUUUGUGGAGAAGACACUGCAAGAAGUACUGGCUGAUAACCGAGGAAGAGAAAUCUCGGAAGAAACAGUGCUGGAGAUCUCUCUUCAUAUCUACUUACUCAGAUGUAGGAAGAUACAUUGACCAUUAUGCUGCUAUUAAAAAGGCCUGGGAUGACCUCAAGAAGUACUUGGAGCCCAGGUGUCCUCGGAUGGUUUUAUCUCUGAAAGAAGGCGCACGUGAGGAAGACCUGGAUGCUGUGGAAGCUCAGAUUGGUUGCAAACUCCCUGACGAUUAUCGAUGUUCAUACCGGAUUCACAAUGGGCAGAAGUUAGUGGUUCCAGGGUUGCUGGGAAGUAUGGCACUGUCCAAUCACUAUCGCUCUGAAGAUUUACUAGAUGUUGAUACUGCUGCCGGAGGAUUUCAGCAGAGACAGGGACUGAAAUACUGUCUCCCUUUAACCUUCUGCAUUCACACGGGCUUGAGUCAGUACAUAGCUGUGGAAGCUGCAGAGGGCCGGAAUAAAAAUGAAGUGUUCUACCAAUGUCCAGACCAAAUGGCUCGGAAUCCUGCUGCUAUUGACAUGUUUAUCAUAGGUGCUACUUUUACUGACUGGUUUACAUCCUAUGUCAACAAUGUUGUAUCAGGUGGCUACCCCAUCAUCAGAGACCAGAUUUUCAGAUAUAUUCAUGACCCAGAGUGUGUAGCAACAACUGGAGAUAUUACAGUUUCAGUGUCCACAUCAUUUCUGCCAGAACUCAGCUCUGUCCACCCACCACACUAUUUCUUCACAUACCGAAUCAGGAUUGAAAUGUCAAGGGAAGCACUUCCGGAGAAGGCCUGUCAGCUGGACAGUCGCUACUGGAGGAUAACAAACGCUAAAGGGGAUGUGGAAGAAGUUCAAGGACCUGGAGUAGUUGGUGAAUUUCCAAUUAUUAGCCCAGGUCGGAUAUAUGAAUACACAAGCUGUACCACAUUUUCUACAACAUCAGGCUAUAUGGAAGGGUAUUAUACCUUCCAUUUUCUGUACUUUAAGGACAAGGUCUUUAAUGUUGCCAUCCCCCGAUUCCACAUGGCAUGUCCAACAUUCAGGGUGUCUAUAGCCCGAUUGCCUCCCAAGUGCUAGAUGUGUGCCACCAUGCCUACACCAGACCAGACUUCCAUUUUUGGUUAGCCCAGAAUCUUUAUGAGCUUGGUACCAUCUUAUCCUUAAAUGGUUGAUAUUCAUCAGUGAAGCUGUCUGGGACUGGAAUUUGCUCUGUGGGGAAUUUUAAAACAUGGACUUAAUUUCUUUAAUAUGUAUAUUUUCUAUUUCUUCUUUCAGUUUUGGUAAUUUGUGCCUUUCAAAGAAUUUGUUCAUUUCAUCUAAAUGUUGAAUUUAUUGGUAUAAGGUUAUUAACAAUAUUACCUUGAUAUCCUUUUAAUGGCUACAAGAGCUGUAGUCAAAUACCCUCUUUUAUUAUUAAUAUCAGUGAUUUAUAUUGAUUAUUCAAAAUGGAACAACAUUUAGUUUUGAUGGGUUUUCUGUACUGUUUGCUUUUUUUCUAUCUCAGUGAUUGGUGCAGUUGUCUUUAUUUCUCUCCUACUUUCGUUGGGUUUAAUUCACUUUUAUUGCAGCUUUUAAAGGUAGAAGUUUAGAUAAUUGAUUGUAGACCUUUCCUGUUUCUAAGCACUGUUUUAGUUGUAUUGCACAAAUUUUGAUGUUAUAUUUUGGUUACUAUUUAGUUCAAAAUAUUCUCAGAUUUCCCUUGUAACUGACUUAUGACUGCAUAGACAUAUGUUAAUUUUCAAGUAUUUGGAAAACUUUCAUUUGUCUUAUUGCUUAUUGAUUUCUACUAUUACUGUGGUUAGAGAACUUACUGUGUAUUGCUAAUGUUUUUUAAUGUUUUAUGGCCCAAAAUUAUGUGAAGAAUUUCUUUAUCUUGGUAAAUGACCUUGUGUAUGUCAUUUGAAAAGAAUGUAUAUUGUGCCAUGUAAAGAGAAUUUACUCUAUAAAUGACAGGCCAAACUGCUUGGUUGAUUGACAGUGUUGGCAGUCAUCUGUAUAUUUCUUGCUCUUUUUCCUAUUUGUUGCUUCAGCCAUUGAAGAGAUUGUUGAAAUACUCAGUUCAUGUUAUGGCUUUGUCCAUUGCUUCAUUCUUAUCAGAUUCGCUCCUGCCUUUUGAAGUUAUGUAAUUGUGUGCCAGUGCUUAGGAUUGUUGUCUGUUUAUGGAAGUGGUUCUUUGAUUAUCAGCUCCGGUAACUUCCUGUCCUAAAGAGCAUUGAGGUAUGUUUGGACAGGCAGUUAAGUUGAGUCAGCUUGAUUCUUCUGUUGCUUGUUUUUAAUAUUUGUUUCAGUGAAUGUAAAGUAUGAGUUUUACUUAAGGACAGUGGUUCUCAAGCCUUUGGGCCUCAUCACCUCCUUAGAUGUGUAAAAAUCAUUGACUCCUAAGAACUUGUUUACAUGGUUGUGUCAGUAUUUACCAUAUUAGAAAUUAAAACAGAACAUUUAUAAUAGUAUCAGUCUUUCAAAAUUAUAAUAAAUAAACCCUUUACGUGUUCAAUCCUCUCAACUGUAUUUAUUUAGAGUUUUAGUUUCUGCUUAACUUCAAGAAAAAGUAAUCAACCUGCUUUAUGGAAAAUGUUUUCUCAAAGGUGGAGAGUCAAUAGAAAAAAAUGAGAAUUGUGACUUAUUUUAAUCAACAUUAAAAGAUAGUGGGGUUGUAUUAUUUGACCUUAUUUCUGUUAUCUUCCUUGAUAUGGAAGUUGACCUGUGUUUUGCUUUUUUUGUCCUCCACCAGUCUGAUUAAUUACUAGGCUUCAGAAUUUUUCCUUUAUAUUUGCCACUGUAAAUACACUGAUGGCUUUCUUAUGUCCAUUCUCCUCUGUUCCUCUCUUACGUGCUGUUUGUAUAGUACACUUUCAUUUGAGUAUUUCUCUAACCACAUUUAAUUCCUAUAGCAGUUCUUGUUUUCUUGGUUAAUAGAAUAAUUAUACUACCUGAUGAUCAUGUUUUAGAGUUUCCAAAGCCUUCCGCAUCCCUCCUUUUGUACCUCCUAUUGAAUUUUGAAGUCUUCAUUCCUUAGAUUUAAAAAAUAAACUAAAAAAUAGUGCAAUACCAUUGAAGUCACAUUUGUGUAUAUUUUCUGAUUGUUACUGUUGUGUUAUAAUAAAUCCUGAAUGGCACAA